AUGUCAUCAUCAAAGGGCAAUCCCGCUGCCACGCCCAAGUAUCUGAAUGACUUCAGCAAGGCGUUGGCCAAUGAAGUGCGCAUACUCCUGGCGGAAGUAGGCAAGUUGCGUGAUGAGCGAAGGGCGUUGCAAUAUGAAAUAGCUGAGCUUAUGAGUGUCAAGUCAAAGCAUGGCGCGGGUGGGGAGUAUACUGCCGAUUGGAGACCAGCGCCCUCACCUGAAGAGCCUCCUCGUAUGCCCUCCCCUGCACCGCCGCCGCCUUCAAGUGUUCUUGGUGACGGUCCUGCCCGUCCGGCAUGGCGUGUAGUAAAUGUGCGACAGGAACGCCGCCAGAAGGCCAAGGCAAAAGCCCUGGGUCCGCCUCCGUCCGCGCCACCGCCCGCACCUGCACCUCCGACUCCGAAUCUACCUGCAUGGGCGCAGUGGAAGCCAAAUGCCUUAUUGUCACCACAGCCGAUGGUUGGUACCUCUGCUUCUCCACUGCCGGAGCAUGCUGCACCACCUCGUAUGGGGCUCUUUGGACCUCCGUCUCCCCCUCCGAAGUGA